AUGUCCAACAACGCGUUGAAUCAAACGAGGAUCCUCGCCCGGAGAUUCGCCCAGCAUAAUCAGGCGUGCACAUUCAAGACAGCAGCAUCGUCCACGUCUGUAACGCAUUCUCAAUCAGUGGCCCUUCCAAGAAAACUCGUCACCUCAGCUACCUACCCGAUCGGAUCAACCAGGUCUGUCUGCCUUCACAAAGUCGCGCAGCAGCAUGGCUAUAGCACCCUGCACCAAUCCUCGCGCACGCAGUCCGGCAGGAGACGCUGGGGGCCUGUUACCAUUGGACUGGCGCUGUGUCCCAUUAUUACGUUUGGACUCGGGACAUGGCAGGUUCAACGACUGCGCUGGAAGGUUAAUCUGAUCGAAAGUCUCGAGGAUCGGAUGGCUCUAGAUGCGAUCCCAUUACCGCGCAAAGUCAACUUGGAUGCGAUUGAAGACUUUGAAUAUCGCAAGGUCAAAGUUACCGGCCAUUUCCGACAUGAUCAGGAAAUCCUUCUGGGACCGAGGACCAGGGGCGAUGGACAGCCAGGAUACUUUAUUAUCACUCCUUUUGAGCGCAGCAACGGAUCCAAGAUCCUUGUGCGGCGAGGAUGGGUGCCCCGCGAAAAGAAGGAUCAGUCUACGCGGUUGGAGGGUCUGCCUCAAGGAGAGGUAGUCGUCGAGGGCUUGCUUCGAUCAGGUGAACAAAAGGCAUCGUCUUUUGUCCCAGAGAACAGCCCAGAGAAGAACGAAUGGUACUCCUUGGAUUUGGAGACCAUGGCAGAGCUAUCGGGAUCGCAACCUGUGAUCGUUGAGACCCUUCUAGACACCCCGCAACACCUCAUCAAGUCCGAGCUGAUCGACAAAAACAUACCGGUCGGGCGGUCUCCUGUAGUCGAGCUUCGCAACCACCACAAAGAAUAUAUUGUUACAUGGUACUCGCUUUGUGUAGCGACGUCAGUCAUGCUCUACAUCUUGAUGAGGAGGCCACCACCUGCUAAGAAAACACCACAGAUGCUUCCUCGUCACGUAUAG